AUGGCUAGCAAAACUUGCAUAUUUGCUCACUUAAAUGAGCUCAAUAGAAAAAUGCAAGGCAGAAAUUCCAAUAUUUUGACAUCGUCGGAUAAAAUUGAAAGCUUUCGCGCUAAAUUGGAACUAUGGAUCAGUCUCGCUACGAAUGGUAAUAAUGAAAUGUUCCCAAAUGUCAUUGCAGCUGACAAAGAACGAAAGGUGCAGGCUUUGAUUGUCAAACACUUAAAGCUUCUUGCAGAGAAAAUGAAUUUCUAUUUACCUAAGCGUGAUCUGCAACCUAUGGACUGGGUUCGAAAUCCAUUCUCCGAGAACAUUCCUUUCAGUCACUUACCAAUAAAUGAGCAGGAAGAACAGAUGUAA